UUAAAAUAUUUUAUACUUAUAUGGUAAUUGCCUUGCAGAAAGAAAAGAUUUUCUCCAAUAGUGGACCAUGGCUCAAUCAGUGCAUCGAGCUUCUGGCCUCAAGCAGCAAAACAAAAAGCAUAAUAAGCUUGGUCAUAAAACCAAGGGACAGAUCAAGUCUUUGAGUCAGGGUCGCCUGAGCAUUCAGUCUGUGAGUCGCAAAGCCAAGCAUGACCUGAGUCGAGUUGAGCGCCGCAAUCAAGUCAAGGUCAUCAGGGCUGAUAAGAAAGAGAAGAAUCUAAUGAAGAAGAGGAAACUGGGAACAGAGAGCCAACCACCUUUCUUGGUGUGUGUGUUGCUGCUGGACCCAUCCCUGCAGCAGGAGGCAGUGCUAGCUGCUCUCAGGGCUGCUGACGCUCAGAGUGUGGUGACAGUCAGUGAGCAAAACAUCACACACGUCAGCUGCACGCGCUUCAAGCAAAGAUUUGCAUUCGUCGUUCCUAAGUGUGAUGACCUCUACUCCAUCUUGGACACAGUCAAGGUGUGCACUACUCUUCUGCUGGUGUGGCCGUGCAGCACGGAUGAGGACCUGCACCUGGGGGAGGACCAGCAGCGGGUGCUGUCCGCCGUCAAGGCCCAGGGGCUGCCCACGCCCGUCCACGCCGCCCUGGGUUAUCACGACCUUGCACAUAAGGGCGAACCCACGACAGCAGACAGUCUGUCAUCUGCUCUGAGCCAAAGUCUGAGUCUGAGUGGCUCUGUUGCUCUGACUUCAGAACAGCCACGACAUGCCUCAUCCAGACGAGCAGCACGGUGCAUGCAGCAACUGAUGCAGGAAGUUCGUCAAUAUUUUCCUGGCGAUGACAAAGCAAAAGUGCAUCUGCUGGAGAAGCCUGGCGAUGCACUCCUAUGCCUCAGACAGAUUGGGUCCCAAAAGCAGCGUGCACUGUUCUACCGGGACCAUAGACCUCAUCUCCUGGCAGACCAGCUCAGCUUCCAUACAAAUGUCGAUAGUGGAAGUACAGGUACGCUCGCCGUGACAGGGUUCCUUCGAGGGGCAAGCCUUUCUCCCAACGACCUUGUCCACUUGCCGGGCUGGGGGGACUACCAGCUCCUGAAGGUGGUAGAGCACUCGUCUGACCCUCACCCUCUUAUCUUGGGAGGCUCGAGGAAGGCGAAUGUCGCCACCAAAGCAGACGACAUUGUCUACCGCCCCGACCACAAUCAGUGUAGCCUGGCUGCCACCAGAGAUGACGUGAAAGGCGAAGAGAGCAGCAGUGACGACAGCGGGCAGGAGAGUGACGGAGAAGACAGCGACGAUGGGGCGAGCAGCGUGACGGCCAGGAGCCUGAAGAGCCUGACGGCGGUGCCCAUAAAGAAGGACCGCAUACCUGGUGCCUACUGCGCCAAGUCCGACUAUCAGGCUGCGUGGAUGAUUGAUAAUGAAGCCUUCAAGCAGGACUUCGGUGGUUGCAGUGACGAGGAAGAGUCUGAUGACUCAGAGGACGAGUUUCAACCUCCAGACGCUCGAUCUGACGACGAAGAAAGCAUGGUCGCCCCCGACGACGACGAUAGUAUGUCGGUGGUGAGCAGCUCCGAGUAUGGAGAAGAUGCCUACGACGAUAAAAUGGACUAUCAGCGAGAGAUGGACGAAUACCAAAGGAUGAAAGAUAUGAGGGAAGACCUCGAGUUUCCUGAUGAAGUGGACACCCCGCGUGACAUACCAGCACGAGAGCGCUUCAUUAAGUACCGGGGUCUGGAGUCUUUCAGAUCCUCACCUUGGGACCUCAAUGAGAACCUGCCAGAAGACUACAGCAAAAUAUUCCACAUCCCCCGCUUUGAACAUUAUAGGAAACGUGUUCUUGCUGACGCUAAGCUCAAAGACAACGCUGUCGAGUGUGGCCGGUACGUAACUGUGUACAUAAAGGAGGUUCCAACACACGCCUUCGAGGAGCACAAGGUCACUGGAAGUCCUUUGGUCCUCUUUGGGCUGUUGUUGCACGAGGCUAAGAUGUCUCUCGUAAACUUGGUGCUCAAGUCUCAUCCUGUUGGUCACACGCGCCCUAUCAAGUCCAAAGACCGACUCAUCUUCCAUGUCGGCUUCAGGCGAUACAUUAACCAACCCAUCUUCAGUGACCACACCGCCGGUGAUAAGCAGAAAUUUUGCCGCUACUUUCAUCCCGGCAUGACUGUGGUGGCAUCGAUGUACGCUCCUGUCACCUUCCCUCCCGCUUCCGUGCUGGCUUUCCGUCAACUGUCUGGCAACAGACAAGAACUCGUCGCCACGGGCUCUGUUUACACAGUCAACGCGGACAGAUGCGUUCUCAAGCGGAUUAUCUUGUCUGGCCAUCCUUUCAAAAUCCACAAACGAUCGGUGGUGGUACGCUACAUGUUCUUCGACCGCGAUGACAUCAACUGGUUCAAGCCUAUUGAACUCAGAACUAAGUGGGGCAGGAAAGGCAACAUUAAAGAAGCCCUAGGUACACAUGGUCACAUGAAGUGUAUGUUCAACGGCACGCUGAAGUCGCAAGAUACAAUUCUACUCCAUCUUUACAAACGAGUAUUCCCCAAGUGGACGUACAACCCCAGUGUGCCCAGGGGGGAACCAUUAUACACUUCUGGCGUGUACCCGCUGGAGAAUAAGUCGGAUGUCAACAGUGACGACGAGGAAGACUGUGGCAAGAGGAGGAAGAUAGAGAAAGAACUCCAAGAUAAAUACCUCAUGCCGCCACCAAGCAAGAAACAAAGGAAAGUUCGCUUCAGUUGAUGUUAUAAAAUGUUAAAUGAAUAUAUUAUUUAUUCAAGAGGGAA